AUGCGGCGGGGCGCGCUGCUGGCGGGCGCGCCGGGCGCGUACGUCGGGUACCUGGUCCUAGGCGCGCUGCUGGUGUCGCGACUGGAGGCGCCGCACGAGGCUCGGCUCCGAGACGAGCUGCGGACGCUGCGGGCGCAGCUGCUGCAGCGCAGCCCGUGUGUGGCAGCCCCUGCCCUGGACACCCUCGUGGAGCGGGUGCUGGCGGCCGGACGGCUGGGGCGCUCUGCGUUCUCCAACACCUCGGACGCCACCUGGGACUUUGCCUCGGCGCUCUUCUUCGCCAGCACGCUGGUCACCACUGUAGGCUACGGGUACACGACGCCACUGACUGAUGGGGGCAAGGCUUUUGCCAUUGCCUUUGCGCUCCUGGGAGUGCCAGCCACCAUGCUGCUGCUGACCGCCUCGGCCCAGCGCCUGUCACUGCUCCUGACCCACAAACCCCUGUCCUGGCUGAGCCUGCACAGGGGCUGGGACCCUCGGCAGGCAGCCCGCUGGCACCUGGUGAUCCUGCUGGGGGUCGUGGUGACCAUCUGCUUCCUGGUGCCAGCCGCAGUCUUCAGCCACCUUGAGGAGGCCUGGAGCUUCCUGGACGCCUUGUACUUCUGUUUCAUCUCCCUGUCUACCAUCGGCCUGGGUGACUAUGUGCCCGGGGAGGCCCCCGGCCAGCCCUACCGGGCUCUCUACAAGGUGCUGGUCACAGCCUACCUCUUCCUGGGUCUGGUCAUCAUGGUGGUGGUGCUGCAGACUUUCCGCCACGUGUCCAACCUUCACGGCCUCACAGAGCUCAUCCUGAUGCCCGAUGCGUGCCCUGCCAGUGCCAGCACGGAGGAGGGUGAUCGAGCGGAUAUUCUGGACCCCUCACCAGAUCUGCAUCAGCAGCUCACUGCCAGCUCCCACACUGACUAUGCCUCCAUCCCCAGGUAG